GCGCCUUCUCCUCCUGUCCCAGCCGGAAGUGCCGCCCUGCGGUUCCGCUGCUCUGUGGUGAGCGCUGCGGCUCAUGGCCGCCUGCAGCCGCUGCGGUGUCGCGGGGGCAGCGCGGAAGGCGGGUGCUGGGGCAGCGGCGGGACAAAUUCCACAGCAAGGGUGAUCUUCAUAGCAACUACUUAAAGACAAAAAAAAUAAUUUCAAGCAAAAUAAGUGAAAUAAGUUAUUUGGAUAAAGUAAGAUGGAUCCUUGUUCAGUUGGAGUUCAGCUUCAAGCUACCAAUGAAUGCCAUAAGACCUAUUACACCCGGCACACUGGCUUCAAGACUAAGCAAGAUAUAUCUUCAUCUGACCUCCUGCUACUGCAGCUACGGACUGGCAUAACCUUCUCAGAGAACAAUACAAUCUGCUUCCACCAUGCAAAAAUUUACAUUGAAAGAUUUGAAGACUUACAAAAAUCUUGUUGUGAUCCUUUUAACAUACACCGAAAACUGUCAAAGAAAAACUUGCGUGCAAUUGACUUAGAUGAUGCAACUUUUCUAAGUGCCAAGUUUGGAAGACAGUUUGUACCUGGUUGGAAGCUUUGUCCCAAAUGUAUGCAGAUAAUAAAUGGAAGUGUGGAUGUGGAAUCUGAAGAUCGUCAAAGAAGAAAACUUGAUCCAGAUGGACGUACAGCUAAAGCUUUAAAGUCUCUACAGUUUGCUAAUCCAGGACGACAGACUGAAUUUACUCCUGAGACCAGUAAGAGGGAAAAAAGGCGACUGCAAUCAAAAAAUGCAUCAAUUAGUUCAGACAGGCAAGUUAUACCAGCCAAGAGUAAAGUCUAUGACAGCCAGGGGCUGCUGCUUUACAGUGGGAUGGAUCUCUGUGAUUGUCUUGAUGAAGAUUGCCUGGGGUGUUUCUACGCUUGCCCCAAGUGUGGCUCCAGCAAGUGUGGAGCUGAAUGUCGCUGUGACCGCAAGUGGCUCUACGAGCAAAUAGAGAUAGAAGGAGGAGAAAUUAUUAGAAAUAAGCAUGUUGGCUAAUGUAUGUCCUGGGUGUAUAUUCUGUCCUCUGAUUAAGCACAGCACAUUUAUUGUUCACUGGUCUGCUGAAAGCCACUGGAAUUUCUCACAUCCCAUAGGAUUAUGUAGUUACUUUCACAUUCAUUUUCUUUGUUCUUAAUCAUGCCGCUGUCUUUUCACACUUCAUGCCACCUUGUACUCAGUCUCAGCAGCCAUCCAAAUAAGUUGUCAUUAUCUUUCACUGUAUUAAAUUACAAAGUGUUCAAUUUUGUGACAUAUCCUGAGCCACUCACUAUUGUUCCAUAUACUGUGUUUAGAAUGUACCAUGUCCAUGAAUCCCUCAGUUUUUUAGUUCAGGAUCUUGUGGUUUUGAAUCUUUUAUGGUAAGCACUCAAAGUUCCCAGUGAAUUUACAUGCAGUAUUGAUAAAGCUCUGUCCAGUAUUAAUAGUGAAUGCUAUCUGUGUUACAGAUUUCCCCAACUAUAUCUGAUAAAUUCAAUGCUGCUUACUUAAAUGGAUUCAAAGGCAUACCAGAGUUCAGAUCCAAGUCCCUGGGAUUUGAGAUCAAGUUAUCCUUAUGAAUUCAGACCUCACUGUUAAAAGUGUUACUAAAUUGUCAAGGCAAUGAAAAACAUGUCAAAGUAUGUAAUUAUGAUACUGGUUUUUGGUUUCUGUAUAACACAAUUGAAAUAAUUUUGCUGUAUUUUUUUUUCUCAGUCUGUAAUUAGUUAUCAGUCUGGACUGGUACUUCAACAGCCUUGGGUUUUGGGGUUCUUUUCAGUUUUUAUUGGUUUUAAGGUAAAUGUUUAGAUGCAGCUGAAAUUAAUUUUAGUGUCUGUUACCAAACAAAAGCCAAAGAAAACAAACAAACAAACAAAAACCAAAACCCUAAUACCAAUAAAAACCAAACCAACCCCACAGCUGAAUUAAGUGGGUGGAUUCAGUAUCUAUCAUCAGAACAAAGUUUUACAAUAGAACAAGAUUUAUGAAAGAUAUUUUGUAAUUGAAAUCUUAGGUGCAUGUUUAUCAGGUCACAUUUAUUCAAGAAUACUUUUUAACUGUUGCUUUCUGAAGACUUGAUGAAGUUGUAUAAUCUUGCUAUUUGUUUGGAGUAUUUUCUUUUCUGAAAUGUCUCAUGAAAGUUACAUCACUAAAAUCCAAAGUUAUGCUUGGGGUUGUGCUGACCUCUGCUGGUCUUUGUGAAGUGUAAGCAUUAUCUUACACUACAUUUUAUUAAAUCUGCAACAAAAAUAAA